AUGUAUGGUAUACCUAUUAGUAAUCAUGCUGAUAUAUUCGAAGAUGAAAGUACAGAGAUAGAAGAAGAGAAUGUAACAUUAAAAGAUAUUGUUAGUUUAAUAAAUGAUAUUAUCCAUGUAUCUGAAACAUGUCAUGUUCUUGACGGUGGAGUCAGUAUGUCGUUUGGUAACAUACCUUUAUCCACAUUUAAUAAGACGCUUACAAAACAUCUUGAUGUUAUUGAUACGCUUAAGAGAGAAAUAAAAGAGUUUGAAAAGAAGAAUAAGCUUAUAAUAACUCGCUUAAGAAGUGAAGAGAAGAAAGAAAAGGAGUUAACUCAAAAGGUGAAAGAAGAGACAAAACCUAAAAGGAGAAAAACUGAAUUAUUAUAA